AUGGCCGAGAUAAAUGGCACUCGAAGGCGAAACGACGUGAACUGGUCGCGUUUCGGGCUUGCCGAAAACAUUCAGAGCUCAAAACAACAAGCUUCAAACGAGAACAAAAGCGACGAGCAAACCCGUAGCCAACACGUACGAGAAUUAUUCGAUGAAGAGGUAAUCGUAUAUUGGAAAUAUUUUAAAAUCGUUGGUAUUCAUAGAGUUUUACAAGUAUAUUAUUUUAGACAUAUACGAAGCGGUAUUUUGGUAUUUGUAUUCGAUUUUACUGGCAUUAUAUUAAGCCGAAGUAUUCAUAUUUACAGCUGGCCCGGUAUUAGAUCUCUGAUAAAUGCCAUUGUUAUUCUAAUUCUGGGUAAAUAAUAAUAUUUCUCAAAGACAAGUUCAGACAAUGUUGUGACCAAGUUUAAUGCAGAAUAAUAUAUUGCCAUAUAGGUAUAAAUUAUGAAACCCAUUCUAUUUAUUCCCUUUAAAAGUACAAUUCAUGAAUAAAAUUGUCAUCAAUAAGUAAAAGUCUGUUGCAUGCAACGAUUGCCUGUAAAAUGGAAAAUGCAAAAGUGUAUUCUAUUAUUCAUGUAACAUAGUUUGGUUUUAGUACAAACAGAUUUUAUCAGUUGCUAAAUUCAGAAAUGAUGAAAUUACGGUCGAAAAUUGACAAUUUAUACAAUUAUAUGGUCAUCGAACAUGGCAGACAAUUGAACGUACAAAGUUUACAAAACCUUUUACGAUUCUGAAAGAUUUCCUUUUUAAUAUUUAAUGUGAGGUCUCUUUAAUUUGAAUUUAAGGCAAUGUUUAUUCAUUUAAAUUAAGGGAUUUUCAUAUUAGAUAUAUGUGCCAGUUAAUAUGUAAAAUCUCAUUACUUAUUUAUGACUGUGUGAUAAAAAAAUUAAAUCAGAAUUUGAAGACUACACACUGUUUUCAAAUUGAUGCACAACUCCAAAUUCCAAUCUAUAUGUAAAUAAUUUUUGAUAUCUCUGAACAUUUCCUAAACCAAAGUGUAACCAAAUAGCUUUUAUUUGGUUGUCUGUAUAGGAAAUUGCCAAUUUUUACUAUAGCAAGUACGCUUGUUUGAAUGCAAGUAUGCCAGCUUUCGAACAGGAGCACUGACUUGUCUGGAAUUUUUUUUGGCAAAGUACAAAUUUUGUUCGACUGUAUGGAUCAACGAAGAAAAUUUGUAAAAGUGAUCUGAGCACUUGCAUAUGUGGUUGGCAGAGCAUUGGGCUAGUAUUCCAAAGGUUGGCCAGGCAUAUUUUUCAAGCUUGGCCGGUGUGGAUAUACACUCAGAGUAACAUCACAAGCAUCAGCAAUCUAUUGUUGUAAUUAUAGCUAUAACAGUAGCUAUCGUGGUAUCAUGUCAGGCCCGUAACUAGCUAUGAGUGAACCGUUGACUCAGUAAGAUUUUUUGUGAAAAAAUUAAAAGCAGGAAGACUUCAAGUUUAGAGAGAAAACAGAUCCUGGAUGAAAUUUAUUCGAUUUCUGAUGAAGGGUAGAAGUACGAAUUAGCGUCCCAAAUAUUAUCACAAACACAUUUUUUACACCUGAUCAUGUUGUACCAAGAAUGCUUGAAUUCUUACGAUUGGAUACUUGUAGUCAUUGUGUCACUGUUUAUGAUGUAGUCAUUGUGUCACUGCUUAAAACUGCUCCCAGAAUGCCAGGAAGACUAUGAAAUUAGAGUCAUUGUGUCACUGUUUAUCAUUACUGAUUUUUUGCUAAAAUUGCUCCCAGAAUGCAGGAAAUAGCGUUUCCAAGCCUUAGAAAAUCAAACAUUUUCUGGGGGAGCAUGCCCCAACGACUCGACUUGGUGGAUUUUAAAUCUUAUUCACCUGAGUACACUACACCAACACAACAAACAUUGUAACAACCUUGUUGAUAUUAUCAGACUUGUUGCAAAGUUCCGUUGUUCCAACAAGUCUGAUACAGUCAUGAUAUAACAAUAUUGUUACAACCUUGCGUCGUCAACCUUGUAACGUUCUUAUAUCGUGACUUUAUCAGUCUGAUAAUGCCAUCAAGCUUGUUACAAGUUGUUAGAAGGCAAAAUCCAGCGGGCAAAAUGACGUUUAUCCAACGUUGAAUCAACGUUGGAAAUGACCUUCCAGACGUUGGAUAGACGUUGAAAAAGGGUUGACUAUGCAAAUUGGAUCGACGUUACUGUUUCGACGUUGAAACAACGUUGAAGUUAGGUUGCCAAUCUCGUCAACCAUAAUUCAACGUUGAAUCCACGUUAAAACAACGUUGAGAUUGGUUCACAAAUCGACGUCGUACAUUUAACCAUGAAUGAACGUUAAUUCAACGUCUGUUGGCUGCUGUUGAACCAAUGUUUGUAAAACAACGUCAGAGCAACGUAGAUAUUAGGUUGUCGACGUCGCAACCUUUUUUCUACCAAAUUUCAACGUUGAAACAACGUCGUGUGCCCGGUGGGAAGUUUGUUCUAAACUUGUUACUAGGAAAGUGCGAUACACAAAUUGUCAAAACAGCUUGUGAACAGAUUUGUGACAACUUGUUUGCAGACCUGUAACAACUUGUGCGUUUUCGCGUGUCUAGUUCAGGCAUAUUACGUAUAAAACAAUCGGCCGUACUUGUCCUCCACGUUUGAACAUAGCAAUUAAAAUAUUAAACUUUUGAAAUGCAAUAUGCACCCAUAUGUCCAAUUUUACUAUAUUUAAUGCGAAAUUCUUCGCUAAAAUGUUACCGUUCAUACUAUUUUACUCUUUCUAAUUCCAGCUGUGUGUAGGAAACCUACUUUAUCAUUUUACUCUGUCGAUAUAUCUAACGCCAGACGCUUUCACUCGUGAGGGACCGGUUGUUUGAAACCAACAGCUUGGUUAUAAAUUUGGAAAUAUUUCUUCCAAAAUUUUGUCUGGAUCGGAAGGAGUUUUCUUCUGUGAAGUUUUGCGGAAACAAAUGCGCAGAAAUAUACACAAACUAAAACAGCAGGUUAAAAUUUAACCGAUGGUAUAGCAUUAACUCAAAAAACAAAAAAACAAAAACACUUUUACUUCGCAUUCUUCGACUGCAAAAGCGUGCAGCACGUAUUAUUCUAGACGCUGACUUUUCUACUCCUUCUGUUCUUCUUUUUUCCCAGAUUCGAAUAAUCCCAAUCUUUGAUCUUGUUAAAUUUAGGAAGCUUCUCUUACUAAUUAACAUUCUCACAAAUCCCAGUGCUCCAUCUUCAUUUAAGCAAAUGUUUAAAUUCUUAUCUUCUAUUCGACAACGGGCUCUGACUAGAGCUUGCGCAUAUGACCUUCAACCCCCCUUUCCGCGUACUGACUCUGGUAAACGAACAUUUCUGUACAGUGCUUCCAUUCUUUUUAAUUGCUUAGAUAGCGAUUGUGAGCAACUUGCUGCUUCGCCAUCUUGCUCUUCAUAUACUAACGCCAAACAAAAAAUUCGUAAAAUCUUUCUUAACAAGUAAGACCUUGUUAAAGAUUUUACGAAUUUUUUGUUUGGCGUUAGUAUAUGAAGAGCAAGUUGGCGAAGCAUAUCGAAGAUCUAUUUUGUAUAAAUUGUAAAUAUUUACUAAAUUGUAAUUGUAUUCAUUACUAAUUAUUUUUUUCUCAAAUGUAAAUAGUCGUAAUCUUUAAUACUUUUUAUGCCUGUAAACUGAUCAAAAUAGUGCGAGGGCCGUAUGUUAGAUAACUUUUACGGUUAAUACGUUUUCCCUCGUGAAAUAAAGUUUCUAUUCUAUUCUAACCCGCCUUUGAACAAUGGGUUAAUGUUCUACAAAGUUAGAUAAUAGAGUCCUCGUGGGCAUGGUUUAAAUGGCAUACAGUAGAUGUAUGCCAAAUCUCUUGCUUUUGGUCCGAGAUUCCAGCUUUGGGACUCUCCAGCCAUUGGCAUUGUCACAAAAUAUGUCUUUCGUUACUGUCAGUCGCUACCUUUCAAACUAAUUCAAACAGGACCGAAAGAAUUCAUCAAAACCGCGCACCCUUCUCUGCAAUGUCUACCACCCCACAUCGUCUUCUGAUCUCUUCAUUCCAUAAUGUCUUUUUAUAAUAUAUUUAUUACAGGUGUAUUUACUUCAUGUAUGCUAAAUAUAUUUGGUGUUGUGAUAUUUCUUCGUACUGGAUGGACUGUGGUAAGAUCACAUUGUUGUAAAAUAUUUUUAAAAUACCUGCAAAAAUUCUUCAACGUUCAGUUGAGUAACGGCCGAUCAACGGACAAUGACCGGCCAAAAAUGCCUCUCGAGUGGUCACUUUUUUACCUCACCGGUCAUUUUGACCAUUUUCAUGCCUUCCAUCGUGAUUGCUGACGUUUUUAAUUAAAACAUGAAACUAUGAUGUAUCGCAACAAGUUUCUAAUAGUUUGUUUCGCUGUUAGUGGAAGCGUAUCAAUGACCGGUCAAACAAAUUUUGACCCAGCUAAAAUCAAGUUGACCGGAGACCUAUAUCUCCCGUUAUUUUGAGCCCUGAUUAGUUCUAUUAUUAGGCCAAAUAAAAAUAAUAUUAUUUCAGGUUUCCGACCGACCUGUCAAAAAUAUGACCGACCAUAAACAUUUUAUUGAUAUUUCCCAGUAGAGAUUAUCUAUUCGUAAAUACCAGAAUAUUUUUAUAGUCAUCAGACUCAUUUGUCUACAAAUUAUUUUGUUUGCUUAUAAUUUAAUCAUUAUCUAGUAAUGUUAAUCAUAGUUUUACACAAAGAACAGUUGAAUAAAAUAUUAAAAACGCACAUUAUUCUGACAUGGCAGCUACGGCUGAAAAAAAGACGAAAGGGUCUUGAUGCGUUUGUUUCUCGCGAAACACAUAUAGCUCGCGGGUGAUCCCGCGUGGCACGUUUUAUCACGCGUGACAGUUACUCAUAAACAAUGGCGGCGCGAGAAACGCUUGAACUUGAUGAAAAAAGUCCAGCAUCGCUGAUUGUUUUCGUUGUUUCGAAGAGUUUAAUGAGUUUUAACUUACAUUUAUUGCAUACUUGAGAUAAAAUUUUUUUUUUAAAUAAAAUGUUUUUUCUGACUUACCUACCCAUAUAAAACAUGGCUGUGAAACCUGAAACCAACUAUUAUUUUUAUUUGGCCUUAGUAAAAAAAAACACCUCAAAUUUGCCAGGCAAAUCACAAUAAGUAGUAUGUAAACGCACCUAUAAAUUUUGUUAUAUGAAUAGUUAAGAGACUUAUGCAUAUAUCCAUGCUCUGUGCAUGAUUCUAAGAAACUUUGGUUACCAAAUUUUUAGGGUAAUGCUGGAAUUGCUUUAUCGCUGUUCAUUGUUCUGUUGACGUUGUUAAUCUCGCUGAUCCCCGUGCUAUCUGCUAUCGGAAUUAUCGAUCAUAUUGAUCAUAUCGAAAGCGGUGGUAUCUAUUUUGUUCUUACGCAUAUUCUUGGCGCAAGAAUUGGAGCUACGGUUGGAAUAUUGUAUUGCUUUGGCCAGGUAAGAGGAGUGUGUUGGAGUUCAAAGAAAGAAAACAGAUACUGUGCGGAGUUUAUUCAGUUUGUGAUGAAUUGCUCUACUUCUAUUGGUCCCAGAAAUUUUUCUGGAUCUACAUUUUUGCCGAAAUUUUCAGACAUUUCUUAUGUUUGAUAGCAAUCUACGCAUAAUAUAACUUUUGUAAACAAAGCAAAUUUUGUAAAAGUUUAUAAUAAUUUUGUAUUAAAAUGGUCCAUUUUUGCGCUGUAUGUGGUUGUUGUACCCACACAGAUAUUGUUAGGGAGCAUCUGGAGGACACUCUAGGGAUUUGUGACGUCAGUGCAAUGGGUCUAUAGGUCACAGCUGUUCCUGGUUAGGUCUAAUAAAUGUAUAUAAAUUUCCACUCGAUAAUUUCCAUCUACAAUACCCUUCAACUAUUUAUUGAAUCGAAUGAGAUACCAACAAAUUCUUAAUAUGAACAGACCCUAACAGCUUGCACAAUCACAGCAAACAAUGUGCAAACGUUGAAAACAUUUCUUUCGUCUUUUCGUUAUAGGCUGCGAGUAUUUCUUUAUUUUCGUCCGGGUUUGGUGAAUCUUUGGCCGAGACUACAAGCUGGGACAAUCAUUGGGCUGCAAGGACGAUAGCUCUGAUUGCCGCCCUAACGAUAUUAGGGAUAAUUUUAGCCGGAGUCAAAUGGGUCGUGAAAUUACAACUGUUGCUUCUGGCUGUUCUCGUUAUCUCUGUAUUGGACUUUGUUGUUGGGACGUUCGCUCAUACUGACUUAGGUGGGUGGUUAGAUCGAUGUGAUGCGAGGCAACAUUCUGGCUUGUGAAAAUGAUUUUUCCAAAGCCGUAUUUCAUACUUAUAGAAGUGCGCUAUUUUAAGUUUUAAGUGUGGUCAUUCAAUCAUGUACCCAAGUAUAUGUGUAUCUGUGCCAAGUUGCUGUUGCUGUUGUUGUUGUUGCUCCUGCUGUUGUUGCUUUUGCAGUUGUUGUUGCUGUUGUUGCUCCUGCUGUUGUUGUUGUUGCUGUUGUUGUGUUGCUGUUGCUGUUGUUGUUGUUGCUGUUGUUGCUGUUGCUGUUGUUGCUGUUGCUGUUGUUGCUGUUGCUGCUGUUGUUGUUGCUUUUGCAGUUGUUGUUGCUGUUGUUGCUCCUGCUGUUGUUGUUGUUGCUGUUGUUGCUGUUGCUGUUGCUGUUGUUGCUGUUGCUGUUGCUGCUGUUGUUGUUGCUUUUGCAGUUGUUGUUGCUGUUGUUGCUCCUGCUGUUGCUGUUGUUGUUGUUGCUGUUGCUGCUGUUGUUGUUGUUGCUUUUGCAGUUGUUGUUGCUGUUGUUGCUCCUGCUGUUGUUGCUGCUGUUGUUGUUGUCGCCGUUGUUGUUGUUGUUGUUGUUGUUGUUGUUGUUGUUGUUGUUGUUGUUGUUGUUGUUGUUGUUGUUGUUGUUGUUGCUGUUGCUGCUGUCGUUGCCGUUGUUGCUGAUGUACUUUAAAUAUAGUAGUUUGGCACUAAUUGUUAUCUACGUUAUUUAGCAAAUGGUUUAACUGGUUACAAAGAAGAAAAUAUGGUGAAGAAUAUCAACCCCAAGUUUUCCGAAGGCCAAUCAUUCUUUACA